AUGGGAACUGCCAACUGUUCUGAUUUGCGUACUUUAGAGUUAACCCCUACAACCUUUUUAACAAAUUCUGACCGUGGUAGGGAAAAGAUAAAUGGAAAAGUGAAUAUUUUGGCUCAAUUGCGUCGAACCGGUUCCAAACCUAUUUUAGUAAUUAUGUUAGAAUUAAAAGAUUGA